AUGGCGACCGCUCUCACCAAAGCUGCGAGACUGAAACCCGAAGUUCGCCUGGGACAGGCUAUCUCCGAGUUUCAAGCCGACUGCUCAUCCCGGGAGAAGGCCACCCUGCGAUCAUACCAGGCAGCUGGAAUCCCACCAAGUAUUCGUGAUGUGAUGCAGUUGACUGCGGAGAUUAACCGAUCGGCUGGGCUUCAAGGACGAUGUUUCGGGUCGCGGCUAACCAACAUUCUUCAGGCGGUGCAGGAGUUCGCUGCACUUGGGGACAUCGUCCUGGGCGCCUCACAGAGCCUUCUGGCCUGUGGCAUCUGGGCUUUGUCCAUCGUCAAGUACUCGACCUAUUUUGAACAGCUAUCCGACAUGCUCAUGGCCGUGGGCCGCUCUGCACCGCGUUAUCAACUAAUGGGCGCCGUCUAUCCCAAAUCCCAACGGCUCAAAACAUCAAUGCUAGAAUACUUCACCGUUGUGCAGCUAUGUCAUCAUACAGCCUUCGGCCAGUGGGCUUCUACUUUGACGGCUUCUCUGAAAGGCUAUGAAUCUGACCUUGAGCUCUGGGCGACCACCAUCAAAGAAGAAGUGAACUUACUUAUGGAUAAUUCAUGGUUCAGGUCGCAAGUCACUAAACGCUUCGAAUCUCAAUCGUACGCAAGAAAGCUGAGAGCGCGCCAGCGGGACUGGAAGCGGAUCCGCAAGCUUGGUAUCACGACUGUUCUGAAGACCUCGGCUGUGUAUAUGCACUGGAAAGCCCCACAAGAUCCAGAAAGGCUACGAUCGCGUACACUCUCCGUCGUUCUCGCCAAUAUGGUGGAUGACCUCAACUUGAAUGUGAGAAGGAAGGCAGUACAUGAUUCGACGCAAAGGUCCUUAGCGCGACAACUGUUGCAAUCGGCAAAUGACUUCGAUGCUGCACGCGAUUCUCUCGGAGACAAGCGUUCUCUUGAGGUUGACGAUAUUGUGAUUUUACUAAAGCAUCUACUGCCGAUGCACUUCGAGGCCUUUAUCAUUCUUGAUGGCUUGAUGCACUGCGAUGCGGAAGCGCGACAAAUCCAGAAAUUCAUCAAGUUGUCAUUGUGUGUGUCUGAACUAAAUCAGCUUUUGAACCAGCAGUUUCUCUCCGUGCAAGAUAACAAACCCGACAUCGAUGCUUUCAUCAACGCCGAGUUGGAGAGAUGUCUCGAAUCCGGAAAGCUUAUCCGGGAUAGCCUUUCUCAAGGAGCCCAGGGAAUGUUUCUGUGGGCGUCUCUGCAGAUAGAAGCCCUGUAUGUGCGAGAUGCCCUUGCAAAUCUGCCUAGAGAUCUGAAAUCUAGCUCCAAGAUUCUGGAUUUAGUUGCGAUCGCAUGCAGGCCACUGACAACAGAGGAAAUGACAGAAGCCCUUAGUGUUGUUCCUUGGAAGACAUUGAAUGACAUGCAUGCAACAUUAAGCUGCUGCGGGAGCUUGCUUACUGUAGAUGAAGAAAGCUCGAGUAUUCGAGUUGUGCAUCAUAGUACCGGAGGAGGGCUUGAUGCGAAUUGUGCAAAUCAAACCAUGGCAGGGAUCAUUGUCACCUACCUGAAUUAUGAUGUGUUCUCUAGGCAGUUCUCCAGCUCGGUGACAGCAGCGGUGGUCAACUCGACGAGCUUUGCAUUGAAGCUGCUGAGAUUGAAAAAGAGCAAUGAUAAGGAUGUUGGCCAUACCUCCAGGGCAACUGACAUGGCAUGGUGGCAGGAGCAUAUUUGGUGUCUUGACCCUGAUACGCCAAACCUACACAAGCUCCUGAUAAACCUAUUGGAGGCUCAUGGCUAUGACAAACAGGACUCAUCUGGGCAGACACCGCUAUCCCAUGCCUGUCAGUGGGGGAGACUGGGUCUUGUUGAGUGGCUCCUCGUCCAUGGUGCUCGCCAUACCGACGAUCUUUCUGGAAAUUCCCCGCUAUUCUGGGCCAUGAAUGGGAGACAUAUCGCUGUUGUUGACUCCCUGCUGCAGAGUGACGUUGUGGAUCCUAAUGUGGUAGGUCCGUCAGGAAAAGAUGUCGAACUGACCAAAUGCUUUCUUGGCUGUGACCGGGUAAAUCGGAACCAAAAGGAUUCCGACGGCUAUACCCCUCUAAUAGCCGCUACGCUCCUCAACUUUGUGCAAGCGAUCCCAAUGUUUCUGUCGGGCCCGCACACCGAUAUCUUUGCCAUGGCUCCAUCCGGAGACUCGGCCCUUCAUAUUGCUGCCGCCAAUCAGAGCCAUGCGAAGGCUUUCAAUCUUCUUUUCGAACAAGCGCGGCUAGAGAAGAAGGGCUCUCAAGCAACGCCAUUAUGGCUAGCAGCCGAAAAUGGGAACCUGGAAGUCAUUCAGUCAGUUUGCCAGUACCAGGACAUUAACCUGGACGUGCCUAACCCUCGCUACAUCGGGAUCGUCAUAUGCCUUGCGAAAACGGGUCACCAAGCUGGCCUUUCGGCACUAUGGGCAGCGGUGUUCAACGCCAUGAUUACUAUCAAGGUUGGAGCGGGCACCCCGCUGGAAACAGCCAUCCUUAUGGGCAAGGUCACAGACAUCAAUCGGCAAGCCCAGGAUGUCAUGACGCCCUUGCAGCUAGCAGUCGAGGAAGGAUGCGAGGAGAUUCGGAUCAUUCAUAACCGGAGGGCUGCGAACCGUGGCCACAGAAUCGAUCUGAACUUCCCACGCAUGAAUGGCGAUACAGCGCUUGGGAUAGCGGCAUCCAAGGGACACAUAGAAGUAGUCCAGAUCCUGAUCUCCACCGGCCAAAACGGCACAACGCCACUGUGGGCCGCUGCGGACAAUGGCCAUACUGAGAUUGUCAACAUCCUUGCAAGCACUGAUGGGGUCGAUGUGGAAUGCCCCAACGCAACAGCUGCAUCGAAAGGCUACUAUCACAUCGUCCAGGCUCUGGUAAAUACUGGCCGAGUGGCUAUCAAUAGGGUGGAUGUUGAUGGUACAACACCCCUGCCUGCGGCCGUGGCAAAAAAAUUUGAUGAUAUUGUAAGAUUCUCGAUCGACAUCGGCGUGGAUUUGAAUGGCACAGCCCCUUUAUACAAUUCUCGCACAGAGCAGGCACCUCUUGUCGUGAAGAUGCUGCUCAACCAGCGCGAUAGAGAGGGGUAUACUCCGCUAGGGAUUGCGGCGAAGAUGGGCCAUGCGAGCAUUGUGGCCAUUUUGGCCAUGGAUAGAAACCGCCAAAGCGCCUUGGAUAUUGCACGGCACGCCGGCCAUGAAGCCGUGGUCAAUGUUCUCGAGGCAGUAGAUCACGCAUAA